AGAACUGAGCUUUAGACAUGCGCAGUGUACUGGUAGGGGACAUGGAAAAACAAAUAUGAAUACCAGCUCAUAUAAUUUAUAAUGAUAAUAAUUACUAUUCUCAUUUUGAUAAAACAUAAUUAAACAGCAUCCGUUUAUCUCCUCCUGAGGAAGUGCGAGGGAACAGUAACAGGAAAUACGGAAACGCUUCCCCGCUUCUGUCAUUAUGUAACGUUAGAGUCGUUAUGUUUAGGUUAAAAUAAUCACACACCCGCUCUCUUUUUAGCGCAUAUACCAGUCAGCAAAACGCUCGCUUCUUGCUUCAGCUCAAAUGAAAGUGAGAGUCAAGUCUGAAAGAUGAUCCAGGGCUGGUGACUGAAGCAGACAGAGAAGAAGAAGAAGGACGUGAUGGCGUUCGUGUUCCUGCCAGCACUGGCUCGUAUGGCCGUGUGUGGCGGCACCCAUGGGAACGAGCUGUCCGGUGUGUAUGUUGUGCAGGAGAUGGAGCGACAGCGGAAAGAGAAGGGAGAGGGUGUGUGGCCGAUUCCUGUAACAACUGUGCUGUCAAACCCAAGGGCUGUGAAAGAGUGCAGAAGAUACAUUGACACGGAUAUGAACCGCUGCUUCACCAGAGACACGCUGAGUUGUCCUAUUACAGACAGCAGCCCGUAUGAAGUCCGGCGUGCUCAGGAACUGAACAAUCUGCUGGGGCUGAAAGGAUCCACCAAUGCAACAGACAUGAUCUGUGACCUUCAUAACACCACGUCUAACAUGGGCGUCACACUCAUCCAUUACACGACCAGUGACUGGGUGACCCUGCACAUCUGCAAAUACCUACAGACUAAGAUAACCAAUGUGCCUGUGAGAGUGCUGGUACUGGAUUUCCCUAUUUGUGACGCAUAUAACUUGGAGUCUGUGUCCAAGCAUGGCUUUACUCUAGAGGUCGGGCCGCAGCCGCAUGGUGUCAUCAGAGCUGACAUCUAUAACAUUAUGAAAGAGGCCGUCGACCUGACAAUAGACUGGAUCCACAAAUUCAACUCAGGAAUGGUGUUUGAAGGCGGGGAUGUAGAAGCCUUUAAGUUUAUCAAAAGUGUUGAUUAUCCCAGAGAUCCAGAGACUCGGAGUCUCACUGCUGCCAUUCAUCCUCAGCUGCAGGACAGAGACUUCUCUCUCCUCAAGCAGGGAGACCCUUUGUUUUUUACAUUUUCUGGAGAAACCGUGAAGUAUGAAGAAGAAGAGACGCUUCAUCCUUUCUUUAUCAAUGAGGCUGCCUAUUAUGAAAAAGGAAUUGCUUUUCACUUGGCUAAGAAGUUGACACUGACAAUUCCAACAGUGCAAGUGCAGAAAGACUGAAGGAUUGGAGAGGAACGGAUAUAAAACUCUGCAUGAUUGCCAAAAAAUCUAACAUCAAUCAGAUGAUAUUAAGAAAUCCGGAUGCCACUUAAAUGAUUUUAACACUUUUGCAAUAACUUAUAACUCAGGUAAAAAUGCAAUGCUAAUUAAGUUGUCAAAAUCAAUGCGUUCAGUCACAUAUUACACUUUUUAAAAAAUGUAAUACAAUAUUUAGUCGAACAUGUCUUAUACAUGUAAUGCUGUAACUUCUGCUGUCUAGGCAUUUACAAAAUUGUGAAUUCCUCAGCCUAUGUCAUGUUAUUAAUUUUUAAUAUUGUUGGGCCUUUGCAGUUUAUGGUUAUAAUAAAUAUUAUUGCUUCUUUUUAAAGACA